UAUGAACGGGUUAAUAACCCGACGAUGAAACUCAGAAGGCGGGGCGCGCUAUGUGUGCUACAUUCAUUCAGCCGAUCUACAUAUGUAACUGUAACCGAGAACUUUGAACCGAGAGCAAAAGUAGGUCACGACAACUGCGUCUGCGGAAAGUCCGAGGAAUCAAAUAAGGGAGAAUCAAGCUUUAAAAUGUCAACUGAAGUGUAUGACUGUAUCGUCAUUGGAGCUGGGAUCCAGGGUUCGAGCACAGCGUAUCAUCUGGCCGAAAACAAACAGAAAACAUUGCUGCUGGAGCAGUUUGUUCUGCCCCACUCCAGAGGGAGCUCUCAUGGCCAGACCAGGAUCAUACGGAAAGCUUAUGAGGAAGAUUUCUACACAAAGAUGAUGCAUGAAAGCUAUGAGCUAUGGGCCCAGCUUGAGAAGGAGGCAGGUGUUCAGCUCUUCAGACGCACAGGCUUGCUGGUUAUGGGUCCAGAGAAUGAAGGGGGUUUUUCAAACGUAAAGGCAACAUUGCAAAAAAACGAAGUUCCAACUGUGUUGCUGGAGAGGGAAGAGUUCAGCCAGCACAUUCCUAAUGUGAAUCUGACGGAGGGGAAUGGUGCUCUCGUGGACACCACUGCUGGAGUUCUGUAUGCAGACAGAUCACUCAGAGCUAUACAGGGCCUGUAUCAGAAUAAUGGGGGUGUGAUUAAGGAUGCGGAGAAAGUGAUUGACAUCAAGCCUGGUGAGGUGGUCACUGUAACAACUGAGUCAGGAGCGUAUAGAGGGAGGAGCCUGGUGAUCACAGCAGGUCCCUGGGCCAACACACUACUGAGACGUGCUGGACUGGAGCUCCCAUUGAAGGUUGUUAAAAUAAAUGUAUGCUACUGGAAAGAGAAGAUCCCAGGCACCUACAGUGUCAGCCAUCGGUUCCCCUGUUUUGUUCAGUACAAUCCAAAAGAGGCGGAAAAUAUCAUUUACGGCCUCCCGUCCAAUGAGUAUCCAGGAUUGAUGAAGGUGUGCUACCACACGGGCAGCGAGACCGAACCGGAUGAGAGAGAUAAACAGAAGGAUAGAGGGGACAUCGAUAUACUCUCGCGAUACAUCACCCGUUGUUUCCCUGGGCUGGUGCCAGUGCCUGCUGUAGUGGAGAGCUGCUUGUACACAGUCACACCCGAUGAUAACUUCGUCCUUGAUUGCCACCCAAACUACAGCAACAUCAUCAUUGGUGCUGGAUUCUCAGCGGUCCGCCUCCCCGCAGCUCUCCCGCCUUCUGUGCAGCUGUUGCAUUUGUGCCUUUGGAGAAUCCAAAUGUUGCAAAUUGGAUCCAUUUCAGGGGCAAAUACAUAAACCACCGCACCGGAUGCGAAGUUGCCCCCCUUCCACUCAGGAUUCGUUUCAAGCCAUGCUCUGAGCACAGGGUCCUCCGGUUGCCAUGGAUACUCGGUCACAUCAGCCGAGUUUGAGGCAGAACAGAAGACCCUCCGUGCACACGACUGACGGUCAAAGCCAUAUCCACUCGUAGCCCAGGCCUUCAAGACUUCAAAAGACCACCAAUCCACAAAAGCAAAGAGCUGAGAGUGUUGGAGAAUGUAAUGCAUUUUAAACACCAGCUCCAGUUCUCUCUUAAAGGGAUACUCUAUAAAAGAAUACAGAAUUGUACUGUUAUUUUUUACAGAUUUUUCACGUAUAAUGUCCAAAAACUGUUUUUAUAGAUAUUUCACAUAUUUUUGAGAUACGAUCAAAUCACAAAAAAAAGACUACAAAUUUACAAGAAAAACAUAAGACAACAUGUCAUUUUACAGAGAAAACUGUUAUUUUAGGGUAUAUUUCCGGUGCCCCAAUGGCCAUUUUUUUAGGUCAUGAAAGUGUGCCAUUAAUUCACGCAUGUAGUAUUCUUUCUCAUACAACAAAGAAAGCAAAACGUUGACUCUGGUUUCUAUACAAUUAAUGUAAAUGGAGACUGGGGGAUUCAGUCCCUACCAUUGGGUGCAAGAUCUCCUUUUGUGUUUCAAAGAAUACAGAAAGGAACUUGGGAACAUCAGACUGAUUAAAUUAUAACAGAAUUUUCAUUUUUGGGUGAAUUGUCCCGUUAACACACCCAUGAACACAUAAAACACUGUUCUGUGAUAAGCCACUCUAUUCAAUGAGGAGACAUAUUUUCCUAAUUCAGCAUUUAGCCAAAACCAACCCGGGAAAUAAAUGUUCUGUGACAGCGGGUGUGAUUGUGCCAGCGUGAUUUCUUUUUUGUCUCCAUGCUCUCUCAUGCAAAGGCUUUGUGAAUCAGACAGCAGACGGCAGAUAAUGGCUAUUUAUAGAGGGCUAUUGUGUUUGCCCACAAGGUGCAGUUCUUUCGCUCUGGUAUAUUGAAUGAGUGUAAACUCCCUCUGUGAUGAUUCUCCUCUCUGUGAAUUUUCUUCCUCGGCAGGUCACGGCUUCAAGUUCGGCCCUGUGGUAGGGAAGGUGCUCUGUCAGUUGGCCAUGGGGCAGGUUCCCUCUCAUGACCUCUCACCGUUCUGCAUCAAGCGUUUCAAGUCCCAUA